AUGACGUUAUGCAAAGAAGGGGCGGGGCCGCGAGGCGCGGGCCCCGCCUCCUCCCUUUGGGGGGGAGGAGAUUUUCCACAAGAAAAGGUUGUUUUCAUGUUUGGGAUUCAGGAAAGCAUCCAACGGAGUGGAAGCAGUAUGAAGGAAGAGCCGCUGGGCAGCGGCAUGAACGCGGUGCGGACGUGGAUGCAGGGCGCCGGGGUGCUGGACGCCAACACCGCGGCGCAGAGCGGGGUGGGUCUGGCCCGGGCUCACUUUGAGAAGCAGCCGCCUUCCAAUCUGCGGAAAUCCAACUUCUUCCACUUCGUCCUGGCCCUCUACGACAGACAGGGCCAGCCCGUGGAGAUCGAGAGGACAGCCUUUGUGGGGUUCGUGGAGAAGGAAAAAGAAGCCAACAGCGAAAAGACCAAUAACGGAAUCCACUACCGGCUCCAGCUCCUCUACAGCAAUGGGAUAAGGACAGAGCAGGAUUUCUACGUGCGCCUCAUUGACUCCAUGACAAAACAAGCCAUAGUGUAUGAAGGCCAAGACAAGAACCCCGAAAUGUGCCGAGUUUUGCUCACACAUGAAAUCAUGUGUAGCCGCUGUUGUGACAAGAAAAGCUGUGGGAACCGAAAUGAAACUCCCUCAGAUCCAGUGAUAAUUGACAGGUAGGGACCACUCUUCUUUCACUGAUUUCUUAUUGCUCAUUAUAAUGAAACACCUGCCUUGUGUCGCUCAUGGCUGAGGGUUAGGAGGGCAUGUGGCCGAAAUGUGCCUGUUGGUCAGACUUACACCAUGCGAAUGACUGUGAUUCCUGGGAAAGCCAUAUGGAAUGUUCUUUGGAGGCCCGUUUCUUGGAUCGCUCUGGUUUUGUGUCUGAUUCAUGCUGCUAAAGGAAUAUAUGGGUUUUUUUCAUUCCUGACUUGCUGUGGCUCAAUCUUCAUGCUGUGCCAGGAAGCUUCAGAAAUAAAAUAAUAAUAGUUUGUGAUUUAUGAAAUGUGGUUGGGUGCUUAUAAAUAUUUAACUUUUAUUUGAAAAAUGUUUGAAUCAUUAUCACUUUUAGCUACAGUAGUUCUGUUGGACGUAAUCCAUCUACAUUUUAAGGUUUUAUUUAUGCAUAAAAGCAGUUUAAAGAGAUCUGUGAACCAAGAUUCUCUACUGUUAUUUCCCGGGUUUGAUUGCAGCUCACACUGUAUUGUAAGUUGAUUAAUUUAUCCUGCUUGUCUUAAUUAUUGUGUUUUUAAACAGAUUCAUACCACUAAUCUGACAUGACCAAGUAAAUCACUGUAGAACGAUAAAUCUGUUUUACUUGUUCGUGCAAUGUUGAGUCAGUGCGUGCACACAUUAUACAAAGUCGCAUUCCAAAUAUUCAGUUUGCAUUUUAAUUAUUGAAAUUCAUUGUAUGGAAACAUGUAUGAUAAGCCAUUUGUUACAUAGCAUUACUCAUUGAGUUAAAUGGCCGGGAAGCUUUAUAGAUACUGUCGGUUGCCAGCUAGGAAAGAGCUAGCUAGCACCUUCUAUUUGCUGGAAAGAGUCUUACAAACAGGAUGGAUUUCUGUAUUGAAGAUCUCAACAAACAAACAAAAGUCCUUUUCUGGGUUUUGGUAAUACCAAUUUUGACAACAGAAUGAAACAAACAAAGGCUCUUGUGUUUUUCAAAUUCUUCACCUGUUUUCAACUUGAUUUAUAAUUUUUCAGCUUAAAAAGGCAAGGUGUUUACUUCAUCAUAGUUUAUGUAAGAGAUUGUUGAUUUUGAUCUCUGUG